UUGUCUCCAGUGUCUUGAGUAAACAUAAACAAAUUAUUCAUUUCUUGAAGGAAUAAUGGCAGAUGAAAUAAAAAUAAAGAUUGGAAUAAUAGGAGGGACCGGAUUAGAUAACCCAGAUAUCUUAGCCGAUAGGCGAGAAAUUGAAGUUAAAACUGCCUACGGAUCCCCAUCCGAUGUUCUCAUUGAAGGGAAGAUAAAGAAUGUUGAUUGUGUUCUCUUAGCUAGACAUGGAAGGAAGCAUACAAUCAUGCCAACAAAUGUCAAUUAUAGGGCAAACAUUUUUGCAUUAAAAGAGCAAGGUUGUACUCAUGUUAUAGUAACAAAUGCUUGUGGCUCUCUUAAAGAAGAAAUUAAGCCUGGAGAUAUUAUAUUUCCAGAUCAGUUUAUUGACAGGACGACAAAACGGCACAGUACGUUCUAUGAUGGACAGGAUACUUCCUUGAAAGGUGUUUGCCACAUACCCAUGGAUACACCUUUCUGUCCAGUCACUAGAAAAGUCUUAAUUGAUGUUACUGAGAAAUUAGAUAUUCAUCACCACAAGGCUGGUACAAUUGUCGUCAUAGAAGGGCCACGCUUUUCCACCAAAGCAGAAAGUCAUCUGUAUCGAGCAUGGAAUUGUGAUAUCAUUGGAAUGACAACGGUACCUGAAGUAGUUUUAGCAAAGGAAUUGGGUCUGUGUUAUGCAACCAUUGCUAUGGCAACUGAUUAUGACUGUUGGCGAUGUGAUGAACAAACAGUCUGUGUGGAUGAUGUUAUGGCAAUCAUGAAACAAAAUGCACAUAAGGCAACUCAGAUCUUAUUGGAUGCUAUUCCUGCUAUAGCAGCGAAAGAUUGGUCUAAAGUUCUUGAGAAACAUAAGACAGCUUCAAAAUCUGCUGUUAUGAUUUAAAGGGCAUCCCAACUUGCUUAGAGCUUACCUUAUGUUUUU